UUCUCCUUCCCUAAUCUGGAAGACCUUGUAAAGGAUUUCAUAUUGUUUGGUGUUGCAAAGGUGUUUAUCUCAUUUUUACAGCUAAAAGUCUUACUAAAUAUCAAGAGUUUGACUAAAGGAACUUUGCCACGGCACAAAAUGUUAAGAUCUGGCAGGACAAGUAGCAUGCAAUUUUAAAAUGUCAGAAACUCAGCUAUUUAUUCGUUUUCAUGGUAGGAAAUACUUAGCAGUUCAAGGUAAGCACUUUCAAUGGAAAGAUUUCAUUUUAUGUUCUCAGUAUUUUACAGCCACGGUCUAUAGUCCAUGAGAGCUACAGAAUAACUAAUAAUUAGUUUCUGCUUCUACCUUGUAAAUGCCAGUGAAUCCUCUUGCAGCCUUCUUCAAGUGAGAGCUAAUUCUGCUUACAGUAUCUGACUUUGCCGUGGCUUUAUACAAGCAGGUAAGUACAGCACAAUAAGGGAGGGAACAGAAAUUGGAGCUAGAACUUUGUCUAAAGAUCUCAUUGAGUUUUACCAAAUUCAGUUCCAAACCACAGCCCAAACACAACCCAGUUUUCAUUUCAUCAUUGCUAAUGGAGACGUGAUCUCGCUGACCCCAAGCAUUCUCUUCAGACCCUGUCUGUGUUACAGAGCACCAUCUAAUAACCCUGUUACACACUGGAGAUGUGCCUGUGCCCCAUUAAAAGUUAAUGCUAUCUCAUAUAUUGACUGGGGACUUUCUAAAUGCAAACCACAGUUUAAAGAGGUAGCUUUAUACCGUUACACUUGUGUUUAUAGCACUCUGAAAACAGCCUGGAGACACUGGACAUCUAAAAGUUUGCUGAAUCACACGUUGAACACGAUGUAAGAAAAUCAUACUGCUGUGAAAAUAAAAAGACUGACACCAUUCUGAACUGUAGAACAGGUAAAGCAAUUUAUUAAUUAGUCUUGGCAUGGGCAAGGCAUUACAUGGAGUGAGAGAGUGAGGCAGCAGGGGUUUCUUAGCUGAAAGAAAACUGGGAGCAGAGGCACAACUCUUUAAAAAUAUAAAAUAGUUGCAAAACAUAAGGGAAUAAACUAUCUUCUAUGUCCAUUGCCAGCAGGAAAAGAAGUGAUAGGUUCGUACCAGGGAAAGGCUAAAUCAAGUUAGGGUAGGGAACACCUUUGAACUGUAAAGAACAGUGAGGCACUGAACCAAGAGCAUUAGAGGAAAUGUUAGGAAUCUGUCACUGGAAAUCUUUGAGGACAGGUUAGACAAACAUCUGUCAGGAAUAACGUAGAUACAGUAGACAAGACUGACACUACAGGAAUUAGCCCAUCCCUUGAACUUCAUCCCUGCCCUGAGUUUAUUGGAACCUCUGGAAAAAAAAAUCUCCUAAGACUUCUUGAAGGUUUUUAAAAUUAGCUGUGAGGACCAUCUGUGUUUUGAAUCAAUACAAGGGAAUCACUGUUUGUUGGAAUGUUACAAAAGGCAGCAGUGAUGGCGCUGGCUACAACCUCUGUACCAGUGGUCUCAAAAGGAAUCCCAUUUACAGCAGUGUAUCUGCAAAUUUCUUAAAAAAUAAACUUCACAUUACCUCUGAGUUAUGGGAACUACUUUUGCAUUGGAAAACUAAGGAAAAAAAAAGUAAAACUCCUCCAUCAAGUUUCAAAUAGGACAAUGGGGAAUGGAUGCCCUUCCAGUUCCAAUAAAAAAGAAAAAUCUCGUGUGGCAUAUUGUGAUACGAUAGAAGAUUUGUUGUAUUUACCAGAUGAAUAGACAUGAAUAAUGAUCUGUUCAUCAGUAAAACAGGAAAAAACAGCAAAAGAAAACCUUCUUUCGAAGUGUUUACUGACUUAGCAGUGUAGCAGCCUUAUCUCCCUUCCUCAGCCGUGCUUGUGAAUCAGCAGCAGUGACAUUUUCCAGCAGUCCCCACAUGAAAGCCAUGGAAAGGGUGAUGAGGGAUUUCCGCUCCGUGACCUCGCCCUGCAGUGGGACAGUCACCGCACUGGCUCUGGCAUUCUUUCUAUGAAGCACUGCAGUGACAGCUCAAGUUGCUUUCCAGAAGUCAUCUCAUCAUCUGACAGCAUCCAAUACCUUAACUUUCCUUAGCACAGGAGACAAACUACCUUGAAUUUCCUACUUUUCUGAGUUUUCCAAGCUGGUGGCAAUGGCAAAUUAUCUUGGAGUUACCUCAGCAGCGUCUUUCAUCUGGGUUAUGACAUUCCUGGCUCAAAAUUACUUUGUAACAGGUUCCAUUAAUUCACCUUGCAGGAUCAAGGGUAUAGGAAUCUAUCUUGAUCAGAAAGCUAAUUUCUCAGAAGCAAGUAAUGGAUGUAAUCAAUUCAACCUAGAGUUGGCCAGUAAAAUACAAGUUGAAGAGGCUUUGAAACAUGGCUUUGAAACAUGCAACUAUGGAUGGGUGAAUGAUGGAUAUGCUGUUAUUCCUCGGAUAACAUCCAACCAAAAAUGUGGUCAGGGAAAAACUGGAAUAGUACAAUGGAAUGUUGGCAAGGAAAAAAAAUUUCAUCUCUACUGCUUCAAUUCCUCAGAUGUCCAGAUUAAUUCAUGUCAUCCAGACCCAACUACAACCACACUUCCUUUAUCAACUGCAUCAAGGGACUUAACUGCACAUUCAGCCUCUGAUUUGGCUGAGAACAUCACAGCAGUGCCCACUGAGACUGUGGCUGAGCCAGGACAAUUCCUGAGGAAGAGAUUUCGCGUGGUGUGCGUGACUGAAACACUCUUACCAACAGAGGGGCCCACCACCACACCAGUGCCAGAGGAGCACUCGCCCACUGACUCUCCCAGGCACACUCCCCACCUGGCCUUUAAGAAUGAUGCUGUUGUUUUUGGAGGUAUCCCCACUGCACUUCUUGUACUGGCAAUCAUCUUCUUCAUUAUUUCUGUUGUUCUAGCUGUCUGUUAUAUCAAAAAGUACAAGAAAACCUUACCAUUUUUAAACAAGAAUGAGCGAAAAGAAACAGUUGUAACUACUGCUCUCAAAGAGACAAAAUCAAAUGACCAAACACCUGAGAAGGAAACACAGAAUAAUGGAAAUAAGGUAGAAGAGUGUAAAACUAAGCCUGAGGCCACAGUAAAAUGUCUAGAAGCAGAAGUUUAAAGGAAAGAAUGUACAGUUCUUGAUGGAAGUAUAAAAUAAAGCACACAGAACUUAGCAGUGCUUUUAAACAUAAGUGAUUGUAAAUACUCAUAUUUUCUCUAUCUUUAACAUAUGAGGCCUUGGUUUGUUUUUUUUUUAAUAAUUACAUCUUUGGCAACAAAUAUUCUUGCAGAAAAACAUGGCAUCCUAUUUACUUGAAAUAAAUUCUACAAACUCAUAUUACAGCUCAUUUUUCAUCUUUAAUAAAGAAGCAAUUAGGAAUAUGCUAUUAACAACAUGCACGACAUACUAUUUGCAUGGAAUUUAGAUCAAUAUGUAACAAAAAGGUUUUUAUAUCUGGCUGGAGGAUGUCUGCUAGCCUAAUGCCUAAAAUAAAAAAUGGCGCUGUAGUUCUUCCUCAUGUAGAUUAGCUUAUUUCCAUUCAGUAGCUGCAUGCUGCUUUAAAAAAUGUCAGUUUACAAACAGAAGAAACAGUUUACAAGGGAGUAAAAACUCAAAGGAUUAACCCACUGUCAUUCAAAUACCCAAAGUAGGGUACAAAGAUGCUGAUGUGUGUGUGUGUGUAUACACAGCAGUGAAUAACUUACUUAGAUACCUUCAUUGUAUCAUAGUGUACUGUUUUAUUUAUUUGAAACCAUUAUCAUUCUUUUACAUGAGAUAUUUGACAGAGGGGACAAAAAAAUCCUUGAACAAGACUUAUACUGGAGAUCUUUUGUGUGUAUUUAAGUGUGGCUUUCAUAAUAAAGGUCUCAGGUGAUAUGGGAUGUCCACAGUGCUCCCUAAAAAAUAAACUAUGGUGGAUAUGUUUGUCUGGACAAUUUAUUCUCAUGAAAACUGUCUCAUGGUAAAAAGAAUUCAUAUAACCAUAAUUUUACAGAAGUAAUUAGCUGUUAUAACAACACUAGCAGUUUAUCAAAUAUUUCCUGAAUAAAGAAUUUAGAUAACUUAUCUUUAUGUUUGAAGGAGGUUGUUAUGCCAAAGGAAGUUUUUUUCCUUCAUCAGGCAGCUUGAGAAACAUAGUCUUCAAUAGUAAUAAUAAUAAUUUUUAAAAUAGCAAUAGAACUGUCACCUAUAUUGUGUUAUCAAGAGUGUAGGAUACUGGGUUAUGAACUUGGAUAUUUUUCAUUCACAUACAUUUUAAAGUGCCCAGUGUUCAUACAUUCCACUAGCAAUGAUUUAUAAUGUAUUUCUAGCAUUAUACUUAAGAGAUUCCCUGGGUUGUUUUUUGUUUUCUUUCUGUCUUUUUUUUUGCUAGUUCAGAAAUAUUUUAUGGUUCCAAAUGAUUCAGUGCAGCUCUAAAACACUGCUCAUUUCAGAUGUCCAUCAGCAGAAUUUUAGCAGAAAAGUGUGCAACAGAGGACAGCACUAGACACAGCUUUCCCAGCCAGUUAAGUAACUCCUGUCCUCUCAAAACAUCACAGUAACACCUUGUGUCCUGAGGGGAAGUGCUCUGUGAGGAGCGGACAGCACAAGCAAGGCCAUCAGGAAGAGCCACAGCCACCAGUCACAAAGGUGCCAGAGUAGCAAACGGGCCUGAGGACACAGGCAAACGUAGUGGAUUCCAGGUAGUUUGGGAAAUUUUUAAAAUCUCCCUUCUGCCUCUCUUUUCCAUGUUUUAGAGAUUAGAAAUUACCUGUUUCUCUAUUCUUUUCCCUACAUCCAAGAGAUAAUUAUAAUGUUGCUUCUGUUUUAGAGCUAAAGAAGGGCACUUUUUUCCCCUGAAGUGUAAAAAAAUUUAUCCUGUUUUAAUAAGAUACUGCCUUAACCUCUAUGUGUCUUAUUUUAUCAUGUACCUUAAAAACCCAGCAUUCAUCCUGACCUCCCCACUGCUACCUGACCAAUGCACAUGGUUUGAACUGCCCCUCCCUUUCACCACACAAUUUAUGCCAACGCCACAAGGGCUAAAGGAGCUGUUACACUGCUCUUUAUAGAAUAAAGGCAGCUCUAAAUACUAA